AUGGCUAACUCUUCGGCAACCGACUUGAAAAGCUCAGGACAUACUGAUAUCGAAAGGCAGGUCACCUACGAGGCACCUGUCGUAUCAGCUCCCGCCCGGAAGACACUGGGUUCUGGAACGGCACUUCCAAUCGGGGUGUUUGCGACGACUCUGACGGCACUUUCAUUUAGUUUAAUGGAAUGGCGAGGAGUUACCACGAACAAUAUCUUCAUAGGCCUGGUGAUUACUGCACAGUGGGAGCUCUCCGUAGGCAAUGGCUUCGGAUAUACAGUAUUUAGUGCCUUUGGACUGUUCUACGCCGGUUACGGUGCGAUCCUGACUCCAUCCUUUGGGAUUGUGGCGGCAUAUGGAGAUAACGUAAAAGAACUCAAUAAUGCUCUCGGAUUCUUCAUGAUCAUGUGGACGGUUUUUGCGUUGGUGUUCCUGGUAGCAUCAUUGUCGACAAACUUGGUAUACAUCAUCAUCUUCUUUACUGUGGAGCUGGGGUUCCUCUUGAUCGCUGCAUCCUAUUUCGCUGUGGCAGAUGGGCAUGCCGGUGCCUCAGUUGCUCUCAAGAAGGGUGGUGGGGCUUUCUGCUUUCUGUCCGGGUUGGCCGGAUGGUACCUGGAGUUCGCCCUGUUGCUAAAGGACUCGAUUGUUGAGCUACCACUUGGAGACACUUCAAGGUUCUUCGCGAAGAGCAGGAAGACGGAGUAG